CCGCCGCCAGCCCGCACCGCCGGGGUUCGGAAAUGGGGCUUCAGGCGCCGGGUGCGCUAGGAAUCCAGAGCGUUCAAGAGGCGAGAAGCGCCGGGAGCCGCCCCGCCGCCUGGAGCCCUGUGGUCUAGGACUGGGCGAUGUUGGAGGCGCUGCCGCCUGUCCCCCGAGGAGCCGCCGCCCCCCGGCCCCCCGGGCUUGGUGCGCGUCCCGGCCGGCGGUUCCUGGAAAAGACGGAGCUCCCCACGUGCGACUCACGUGGCCCGGGCAGAGCUGCUCCAGCCUUUUAGGCGGCCGCAGGGCCCCAGGAGCUCCGCCGCCGGCGCCCCCUCGGAAACCAUGCCCCCCGGCGCGGGCCCAUGGAGCCAUGGCCUAUAGGGUCCUGGGCCGCGCGGGGCCACCUCAGCCGCGAAGGGCGCGUAGGCUGCUUUUCGCCUUCACACUGUCGCUCUCCUGCACUUACCUUUGUUACAACCUCCUGUGCUGCUGCGACGACCUCGGUCGGAGUCGCCUCCUCGGCGCGCCCCGCUGCCUCCGCGGCCCCAGCGCGGACGGCCAGAAACUUCAGAAGUCCCGUCCCUGCGAUCCCCUGGGGCCGACUCCGAGCGCACCUGCAGCCGCUGUACCCCGCCCGCGCCUCCCGGCUUCUUCCAAUCUCUCCGGCUCGCCGAGGCUGGGCACCAAGCGGCUGCCCCAGGCCCUCAUUGUGGGCGUGAAGAAGGGAGGCACGAGAGCCGUGCUGGAGUUUAUCCGCGUGCACCCGGACGUGCGGGCCUUGGGCACGGAGCCCCACUUCUUCGACAGGAACUACGGACGCGGGCUGGACUGGUACAGGAACCUGAUGCCCAGAACCAUGGAGAGCCAGAUCACACUGGAGAAGACCCCCAGCUAUUUCGUCACUCAAGAGGCCCCUCGCCGGAUCUUCAACAUGUCCCGAGACACCAAGCUGAUCGUGGUGGUGCGGAACCCCGUGACCCGUGCCAUCUCUGAUUACACUCAAACACUGUCCAAGAAGCCAGACAUCCCCACCUUCGAGGGCCUAUCCUUCCGGAACCGCACACUAGGCCUGGUGGACGUGUCAUGGAAUGCCAUCCGCAUUGGCCUGUACGUGCUGCACCUGGAGAGCUGGCUGCAGUAUUUCCCACUGGCUCAGAUCCACUUUGUCAGUGGCGAGCGGCUCAUCACUGACCCCGCUGGUGAGAUGGGGAGGGUCCAGGACUUCCUGGGCAUUAAGAGGUUCAUCACGGACAAGCACUUCUAUUUCAACAAGACCAAAGGGUUCCCUUGCUUGAAAAAGACAGAAUCAAGCCUCCUGCCUCGAUGUCUGGGCAAAUCAAAGGGCAGAACUCAUGUACAGAUUGAUCCUGAGGUGAUAGACCAGCUCCGGGAAUUUUAUAGACCUUAUAACAUUAAGUUUUAUGAAACUGUUGGGCAGGACUUCAGGUGGGAAUAAACCUCUCACAUGCAAGGGCUCUUCUGCUGGUCUCUUCGAUGAGGUUUUUUCUUAGAGCUUAUCAUCCUCUCAUCCCAGGCACCAAGCCCCUCCCCAUCUUGGAUUCCAUCAUCCUAGAACCAGGAAGCCCAACCAAGGCCAAGAGACUGGGGGUCCCUCCACUAGCUCUCCCCAGUCUGUCCAGACAAAGUAGAUCUGCCUCUGGAAUGUCCAGUCAAUUCCAAAUGCUUUCCCUUUAGCCCAUAAGCUGCCUUGGGAACUUGCUUUAAGAGGAGUGGAUCUUCCCAUUAUGAUAGCUAUUGUAAAUGGUGGUGGUUCUGUUGCUAUGAACACAGCAGUCUGUCCCUGUCACUGUCCACCCAGCGUGAGCUUGUUAAUUCCAAGUGUCAUGUACUUCCCCCUGUGCUGAGCUCUCCUGAGCCACCUGAAUAGUGGCAUGGGAGACCAUCCUCACCCUCCUGCCCUCAGCAGCACAUCCAGAGAUGCAGAACAGAAGCACUCCCAGCCACCUCCAGGAGACAGACCCUUUGAUGAUGGCACAAACCAGAGCUUUCUAAGGCAAUGGUCUCAGCUUGGCUUGAAGGGUGACUGUCUCUGAAAACCACUUUGUGACUCUCCCUGCUCCCUGUGGACAAAAGCACAUAAUUCUUCUGUUACGGGUACUUGCCUCAUAUGAGCUUUCAUGUUCA